UUAACACAAAAAAUAUAUCUACAUUUUUUUUAUCUGUUGUUGAGAGCAACAGAUGUUUGACGCACCGAAUCGGAGCCUCGUCCUUCAGAGCACACCCAAUCUCUAAUCUAUAAUGACGUCUAACCAGUUUUGCCUUGCACUCUUGCAGCUAACGUUAGCAGGCAACAAGAAGGAAAAUAUGUGGAAAGCUAGUACGGCGAUCAAGAAAGCAGCAGACAGCGGAGCCCAGAUGGUCUGCUUGCCUGCGGGCUUCGCAUGCCCCAACGGCAGCCGGAACUACCUGCAGUCCGCCGAGACCGUUCCGGGGGAAACCAGCGAAAUGUUGUCGCACUCCGCGAGGGAAAGCAACGUUUACCUCGUCGGUGGUACCAUGAUCGAACAGGAUGGCGGAAGCAUGUUCAAAACGUGCCUCGUGUACGGUCCCGACGGUUCGCUGGUUGCCAAGUACCGGAAACUGCACUUGUUCGACAUCGACGUCCCAGGCAAGCUAAACCACCGCGAGUCGGACGUCAUAACACCUGGAGAUAAGCUCGCCGUCUUUGAGACACCCUUCUGCAAAGUAGGCCUCGGCAUUUGCUACGACAUUCGGUAUCCGCAGCUGGCGCAAGCAUACGCUGACCUCGGUUGCAAGCUAUUGGUGUUUCCCGGUGCCUUCAACAGGACCAUGGGCUCGCUUCACUGGGAGCUGCUUCAAAGAGCAAGGGCAGCGGACAACCAGGUAUAUGUGGCAACGGUAUCGUCUGCAACGAACGAACUGUUGUCGUAUGUUGCUUGGGGACACAGCAUGCUGGUGGAUCCCCAGGGGAAAGUGGUGCAGUCGGCGGGACACGACGAGGCCGUUGUGAUGGGAGUGGUGGACUUGGACCACUUGUCUUCAGUGAGAAAGCAGGAACCUCUGUGGAAGCAGCGUCGGUGCGAUAUUUACCGCGUACAGUAAGAACCCCUUGCAAAAUUGUCAUAUAUGGACCGGAUAUAUUUUAUAUAUGGCCAUGUAGUAUAUUAUUAAAUCUGAAACAAAAGGCAGUAUAUCGCCACAUGAGGGAGCAAAUGGGAGCAUAUACUGUAUGGCCUAUAUGGUCGUGUAUGGUGACAGAUAUAUCCAUAUGCGGUGUUAUUUGACACGCGCAGUGCGUUUUUUAUGGAAAAUUAAUGCCAGAUAAU